AUGGGUUUUGAAAAUAUUAGAACCGUGGUUACAAGGAGUAACUUACUCACCUUGGCAAUUUUAUGUUAUGUUCUUAUUCCAAAUAUUGAUUUUGCUGAUGGAAGAAGAUUACAUAAGUUUGGCAAGCGCAAGGGAACCAUCAAAACCAUAGAGAGUGAUGAUGGUGAUGUGAUCGAUUGUGUUGAUAUAUACAAGCAACCUGCUUUUGAUCAUCCACUUCUCAAGAACCACACCAUAGAGAGUGAUGGGUAUAGAAACACAGGUUGUUACAAUCUUGAUUGCCCUGGUUUUGUACAAGUAAGCAGGAUGGCUGCUAUAGGUAGUAAACUGAAUCCCAUUUCCACAUAUGACGGGAAGCAAAACGUUAUAAAUGUUGUCUUAAACCAGCACAAGGAGAGUGGACAAUGGUGGGUGCAAUAUCAAAAUGAGCCAAUAGGUUAUUGGCCCAACUCCAUAUUCACGACUCUGAAGAAUGGGGCAGACCUCCUGAGUUGGGGUGGCGAAAUUGUCAACAACGGGAUUACUCAUCACUCGGAGACUCAGAUGGGGAGUGGUCAUUUUCCGGCCGAGGGUUUCGGUAGAGCAAGCUUUUUCAGUAAUAUAGGCUACUUCGAUGGCUCCGGAUUCAUCAAUGAUCCCGAAAAACUCACCCCUUUUGCUUCCAAGCCUUCUUGCUACGAUGUCAAAGUAGCUGCCGACAAGGCAGAUUUAGGAACUCAUUUCUUCUAUGGUGGUCCUGGCUAUUCUGACAAAUGUCCAACUUGA